UCUCUCUCUCUCUCUCUCUCUGUUUCUGCUCUCGCCAUCCCACUUGUUUAUCCCCGUUUCGUUGGCCCCUUGCAGACGGUCCUGCACACACCCUGAUAUGCUGGCUCCAAGCAUCGGCAGGACGCCCUUGCUGGCCGGGCAGCCAGCGUGGCGGCCCCUCGUGCUGCGGGCCUUCGCGGCCGGCUCCACAGGAUGCACCUCCUCCGUGGCGGGGUCACCUCCCCCCGGCGUAGGCCGGCAGUACUCGAAGAAGACCCACUCCUCCCAUCAAUGGCUACAGCGCCAGUCUACCGAUGUGCACUCGCGCAUGGCUUCCGAGUCGGGCUACCGCGCGCGGUCGGCCUUCAAACUCAAGGAGAUCCAAAAUAAGUUCGACAUUUUCGGCCUGCGCCGAGUCCGGCCCGCCUGGACCCCGGGCACGCGUGUGGAGGAUGCCCCCUCGGCCGAAGGCCCAGACGCCGAGGGGGCCGCCCCGGCCGCGACCACGGCCGACUUGCUGGCGGCCGCUGCCAUGACAGACACCGAUGGAGGCAUGGCCGCACGGGCGGCCCUCCUCGCGGCCGAGCUCCCCCCCUCGGGGGCGAACCUGGCCCGGCAGCGCAAGGCCCAAGCACGGGCCGAGCGGGCCGCUAGCGCGCGGCGGUCUGCGGACGAGCGCGCCCGGCUGGCACGCGAGCAGGACCGUGCAGCCGCCGCCGCCGCCGCCGCCGCGACCACCACUACCAGGCCCGAGAUGGCGGGUCUUCCCAUCCGCCGGCGGGUCCGCCGGGUGCUGGACCUCGGCGCGGCUCCCGGGAGCUGGAGUCAGGUGGCCCUGGAAAUCCUGGCCGGCAAGGUGCGCGGGGCCAGCUCGCCGAUGUUCCACCCGGCGCAAGCGGCCGCGGAGAAGGCCGACGCACGGGAGGUUCGUCGGCUGGCGGCGGCCGUGGCCGCGGGCUCCUCCGACGGCCUCUGGCCUGCGCCGCCGGCCCCGGUCACAGGCACCGGCCUGGUGCGCUCGAUCACACUGGAUCUGACCGACAAUCAGCCCGGGCCCGAGGGGGCUCCUCCCGCUGGGCCGGCGCUGUCGGUCUUGCCUGGGUCGGAGGAGUCCCCGGUGCGGGUGAUUGGCAUUGAUCUCCUCCACGUUCCCCCGAUGACGGAUGCGGCCUUUGUGCGGGCCUCCAUCGACGACAUUGAGUUGUGUCACACCUUGGUGCAGCGUCUCUUCUCGCGGACUCGGCCCGGUGCCCCGGCGACCGAGCAGCAGCUGCACGACCCGAAUGCCGGGGACGAGCAAAUCCACGCCGAAAUUGUCCUGGACUCCGGCGACCCGAAGUAUGCGACACCCAGCCAGGACUUCGAUCCGGCUCGGCCGGUGGACUUGCUGCUCAGCGACAUGGCGCCGAACACGAGUGGCCACAAGUCCAGCGAUCACUUGCGCCAAGUGUCACUAUGUCAUCGGGCGCUGGACCUGGCCGAGGGGGUCCUCUCGCCCGGAGCCAAUGCCGUGUUGAAGGUCUUCGCCGGGUCCGAGGAACAAGAGCUGGUUGACCGAAUGGGCCUCCUCUUCAUGGAAGUCCACCGGGUGAAGCCGGACUCCUCGCGCUCGGAGAGCGUGGAGUUUUUCCUCGUCGGCAAGUGCUUCAAGGCGGGCCUCGUCGAUGAGUAGCGAGAUACAUGCAGUUCCCUGCUCAUUGACCCCCCCCCCUAUCCCCCCCUUUCCCAGUUGCUCUCUUCCUCUCUCUCUCCGCUCCUGAUGUAGAAUAGACAAACUUAGAGUUGCAUGGGCCUCUCUCCCUCUCCUCUCGCCCCGGCCCCUUG